AUGACCACCUACCUGUCAACUUCAGUAUUAUUAAUAAAAGUAGUUUUGGAAGUGUAUUUGUCACGAAGUCUAAAAUUCAAUCAUCACUUUAUGGGAAGGAGAGAUGAAUUCAUUGCCCGGGGACACCAAAUGUCUAAAGCCGGCACUGUCAGUAUUCAUCAAUGGAUCUUUAUUAUGAUCGCCACAGCUACCACGUACUUGGUCAUCUUGGUUCAGUUCGGUCAGCCUAUCUUCCCGCCAUCGCAGGAUCAUAAUUGA